GGGUUUCGCUUCCGGGACGGCGCUGCGGGCCCUUCCCACCCCCGCCAGGGGAAGGGGGCAAAAAGUUUUGAGACCUUCUCACAACAUCAGAAGGAAAAAGGAAGGCAACAAGAUACCAGCCCCAUUUCUUCCCCCUUUGCAAGUCACUCUCCAGGUUAAAGAUGGGAGAAGGGGAGAAGAAGCCUGAAGACACGGGGGGCUGUUAAGCUGCACCUUGUGAAGCUUUGUGCACCCCUGAUCCUGCCCACCCUGAAGACAUGCAGCCAUUUGGUGACCUCCUCGCACGGCUUCGGGAGAUUGACAGGCUGUCCUGCAGCUUCAGUAGGGUCGUGCACCUGCAUCUGGGACAGCCAUGGAGAAGAGUGGGAACAUUCAGCUGGAGAUUCCUGACUUCAGCAACUCUGUCCUGAGCCACCUGAACCAGCUACGCAUGCAGGGUCGCCUGUGUGACAUUGUGGUCAACGUGCAGGGCCAAGCUUUCCGUGCUCACAAGGUGGUGCUGGCUGCCAGCUCGCCCUACUUCCGCGACCACAUGUCCCUGAACGAGAUGAGCACCGUGUCCAUCUCUGUCAUCAAGAACCCUUCUGUCUUCGAGCAGCUCCUUUCCUUUUGCUACACCGGCAGGAUAUGCCUGCAGCUGGCUGACAUCAUCAGCUACCUGACAGCCGCCAGCUUCCUGCAGAUGCAGCACAUCAUAGACAAAUGCACGCAGAUCCUGGAGGGAAUUCAUUUCAAAAUCAACGUGGCGGAGGUGGAAGCAGAACUGAGCCAGAGCAGGACAAAACAUCAGGAGAGACCACCAGAGUCUCACCGGGUGACGCCGAAUCUGAACCGCUCUCUGAGCCCCCACCACAACACCCCCAAGGGGAGUCGCCUGGGCCAGGUGAGCACAGUGCUGGACAUCCGGGAGCUCAGCCCGCCCGAGGAGUCCACCAGCCCCCAGAUCAUUGAGCAGAGCUCAGACGUGGAAAGCAGGGAGCCCAUCCUACGGAUCAACAGGGCGGGACAGUGGUACGUGGAGACCGGGAUGGGCGAGCGCGGGGGGCGGAACGAGGAGGAGAUGCGCGUGCUGGGAGGAGUCCGCAUUAAAACGGAGAACCUGGAGGAGUGGCUGGGGACAGAGCACCAGCCCUCGGGAGAGGACGGGAGCAGCGCCGAGGAGGUCACUGCCAUGGUGAUUGACACCACGGGCCACGGACCCAUGGGCCAGGAGGCUUAUGCUUUAGGGUCCUCUGGGGCCAAAGUGGUCAGGCCAACCAGCAGUGAGAUCGACAGAUUUAGCCCUUCUGGCAGCAUGGUUGCUGUGACUGAGCGGUACAGAUCAAAAAGCGAGUCUCCCGGGCGGAUGGAUGAGCCCAAGCAGCCCAGUUCCCAGGGGGAGGAAUCAGCCAUGCUGGGAGUGAGCGGUUACGUGGAGUAUCUCCGGGAGCAGGAGGUUUCCGAGCGCUGGUUCCGGUACAACCCGCGGCUCACUUGUAUCUACUGCGCCAAAUCCUUCAACCAGAAGGGCAGCCUGGACCGGCACAUGCGCCUCCACAUGGGAAUCACCCCUUUCGUCUGCCGCAUGUGCGGGAAGAAGUACACCCGCAAGGAUCAGCUGGAGUAUCACAUCCGCAAGCACACGGGCAACAAGCCCUUUCACUGCCACGUCUGCGGCAAAAGCUUCCCUUUCCAGGCCAUCCUCAACCAGCACUUUCGCAAGAACCACCCCGGCUGUUUGCCCCUGGAGGGGCCUCACAGCAUCUCCCCCGAGACCACCGUCACGUCUCGGGGGCAGGCGGAGGAAGAGUCUCCUCCGCAGGAGGAGGCGGUCGCCGCCGGGGAGACAGCGCAGGGGUCUGUGUCCACGACUGGGCCAGACUGAAACGCAGCUGCAGGGUUGGGAGAAAGGACCGUCUUCCCGAUUUUUGGCUCUAAAGAGUCAGUACCAACCUGGCAGGCUGGUACUGGAAUUCGUGCAAUGCCACCACUGGACAGAAAGAAGCUCCCAAGAUGUUGCCAAAAUUGCAGAAUCUUUCUCUCUCUCUCCUCCUCUCACCCACCCACCCACACCUAGAGUGUUAAAAGUUGUUUUUCUCCCUUACUCCUCCUCCUCCUCCUGGAGAAAAACGGAACAACUGCGUCAAUCAGCUUUUUAUUCAGGGAUCGACAGGAUUUUAAAUUUUUCUAAUGUUCCACAGUGAUCUGGGACGAGCAGUCAUUUGUAUUUCCCGACGGCGUUUCGGCCCAGCAGGUCGGUCCCGCGGGGCCGCUCCUCACCACGUCUGCUGGUCCAGCUCGAGGGGAGAGCAGGGACGAGGUGCCGUUGCCUUCUCCAGGUAGAUGCCUCGUUAAAGAAAAUGAGAAGACUCUUCUGGUGGGUCCUGCCGUGCCCGAGCAUAUUUAUCCGUUUUAUUUUUGGUGUGUCUGUUUUUACCGUUUUUACUUAAACUCUUGAUUUUAGGGCUCUUGGUUUGCCUGUCCCAGGCGCGCGGCCUCAAGGCCCCUUUUUAAAAGCGGGCACGGCUAGAAAGCGAUAUCCUAGAGGUCAGCAACACUUGAAGCACUUCAGCUACUGAAAGUGAAAUGUAGCAGCUGUGAGGUUUGCGUGAGACUUCGAUGCGCUGGGAGAAGGGUUGGAGGGGUCUCUGGGAGCAGGAUGUCCUUGGCUGUUGCUGAUCUGGAGAGUUCCAGAGCACUCUGACGUCCUGACCGGUGCGCUGCUCUGCUUCGGGUGCUGCCGAGCGGUAGGAAGAGUUUUUCUGGACUGGCUGAAUUGCAGAGUUAGAGGCUGGCUACCAAAGUCAUCCUUCACCCCUGCUCCCCUCUCGACUCACACUUGAUCUUUUAUAACAGCAAUAUGGUAUAAAUGAAAUGCUAUCGUCCCAGAUGAGCAAUCAUGGGUGGUUGCUUUUAAACAUGUUUCUACAAACUAGUUUGAUAACUUUUUUUAUCAAUGAAAUGCAAAAAGAAAAGAAAACCCUACUUUAUUUCCUCAUAACGGUUCAGGAAGCCUAACAGUGAAUGGUUCCUAGAACAAUCACAACUCUGUCCCCUUGCAUGGACUUAAACUUUUGUAUUCUAAGCAGCUCUGAUGUUUAGAGCAAGUUAAGCAAACCUGGAGAGACAUGCCUGCCUUGUGUAUUGUAGGUGUUUGCACAUGCUUACGUGUUUCAUAAACAGAAAAGCAUGGGACAGGUAGAUAAGUGCAAAUAUCUUGACAUCUUUUGAAGAAGUCUUUUUAAAAAUAUGCAAUACUUUGAAGAGUUUUCUCUGGUUCUGAUGCCAAGUUGUUGUUCAUGGUGGAGGGGGAAAUUGAAUGCCAGGUGGUGCAGAUUUGGGGUUGGGAGAGGAUGUUUGGUUGCGGGAGUUCUCUCAAGGAUGUUUAAUGCGUUCCAUAAGGAAGGAUGAAGUUUGGAUCCUUAAGGUGAUGGGAGGAACAAUGAAACAUUGGAAAAGGAACACACUGCAUCUUGCUUUGGCAGAUCAAGCCAGGCAGUGAGAGUGUGGGCUUGGUGGGCAAGAGACUUGCCAAGUGAAAAUAAAGCUUGCCCUGCAGUCUGACUGCACAGUUUGGGGCACGUGGAAUCAUCUCCAGCCCUUGCUUUCCCCACCUGCAAAUUGAGACUUGGGAUAAUUUUCCUGCCCCAGGAGAAUCUGGAGAAGGGUGAUGUAUUCUUGCCUCACUUUACGUAUUUUUCUCAGUGAGGGGUCUCAUUGUUCCUCCCACAUCUCUCUGAAAAAUGCAGACGUGGCUCUAAUGUGCUUUUGGAGGGGGGGUGGCAGGUAAGGAAUGGGCUUGAUGCCAGGGUCGUGUGGAAGGGGAAUGUGGUCCUCAGAGAGGAACCUUUGCAGGUGUUCUGAGCCGAGCAUAUGCAAAGUACAAUUUCAUUGACCAUUUCAAACAGGAAAACUUGUAUUUCACCUCCAUUUUCCUUCUGCCCCUUCUUCCUCCUCCCCUGUCAAGUGCAUCAUCACACAGUGAAUGAUUUUCGAAGCUGCCACCCGAGGGGCCAGCCCCGUUGGGUUUCCUGUCGAAGGUCAAACAGGACUGUACUGAAACAGUAGGGUUGCCAGAGAGCAGUCACAGAAGAUGAGAGAUAGGAGGGUGGCUAAGGUAGGUUUCAUUGCAGUCGAGGUGCGGGGAGGAGCGGAGAUGUGCAGAGUAUGCUGCUUUAGUCAUAGCUUUUGAAGUUACCAAAAAUCAAGAAGUUAAAAACUUUGAAAUCCUAUCCUGUUCACACUAGAGAGCAUCAAAAGUUACUUUUAGUUGCUUAAAAGAUUUUAAGUGUUUAAAAAUAGAACUUUUAAAAGAAUGCUACCAAACUAUAAAAACAUAAAAUUAUUUAUAUACAUAUAUUAUAUAUAAAUAUAGUGGGAAAGUUUCCCUGCUAAGCUUGCUGUGAAGAGAAGGGUGAAGGUGCAGUAACUGCUAUACAAGCAACACUUUCCUGAAACAGAUGGCAACCCAUCCAUCAGAGCAUAGUGAUGAAGGGCUGAGAUAAAAGGGUGAAUGCCUUCAUUUGUAUGGCAUAGCUGUGAGUUUCUUCAGAAGGUCUUUGUUUUACUGUCACGAUACUGUGAACGGAGGAGCAUCCUAACAGUCCAGGAUGCCAGCGGUGCGCCCUGCUUUGCUGAUUCUCUUACUUUCA